AUGGCCUACAGUGCUCAUCCUCAACUGCCUGCCAACACCGCGGUCCAUCCAAACACCUUCAAGAGUAGCUCUUCACCCGAACCCGCGGACUUUAAUGUGGCACAGCCCCGUGAAGGCAGGUCUCAUCGACGAGGCUAUCAAGCUUGCCAACGAUGUCGCGAGCGCAAGGUCAAGUGUGACCUAGGGAGUGUUGAUGCCCCGGCAGAUCCCCCCUGCAAGCGGUGCCUGCGCGAGCGUCUGCAGUGCGAAUUUGCGCCGACAAGGAAGAAACAGAAGAAGUCAGACGGCACCGCGAGAGCGGUUUCUGAAACAUUUGACAAUGGUGAAGGAUCGGCUAUAAAUAAUAAUGGCCUGUCCCCCUAUGUCCUUCCACAGGGAUCCCGGACGUCUGCUUUUGGUCGUCAAUCUUGGUCACCUCAAAUGGCUCACAACCCCGGACCAUCAGUGACUUCACAACCGCGCAACGGCUCACAUCACUCUCAGAUUUCUUCCAUGUAUCCCGGAUCAACUGCGAACAAGCCGGCAUCUGACGUUCAGUUGCACAGCCAGGUAGCCGCAGCAACUCUGGGCGCUCCUGUGUCAAGCACUCAAGAUAGCAUCAUGCUUCUUGUCGAUGCUGCAAACGUCUUUGAAGAUGUCAGUCCAGGCGACAAAGACAGCCCGCUCUCUGAUCGAGGCGGACGGAAGAAGGCGAUUUCGAGCCUUGGUCAUGGCGGCCCUGAGGAACCUCCUGGUGUCGGCCUAUCCCCUACUGAGCAGGCGGAACAGGAAGCCGGUUUGAAAACCUGGUCGCAGAUGCGCUUUGUCCGCAACGGAUGGUUCACCGCUUGGGAAGCUAUGCAAUAUGUUGAAUAUUUCUAUGACCAGCUGGCUCCUAUGACUCCAGUCGUAUUUCCAGAUUUCAGAUCACCCAUUAAACACCACGUUCUGCUCGCUGACGAGCCCAUUCUAGCUCUGGCUAUCCUCGCCAUUGCUUCGCGUCAUAUGCCCCUCUCAGGUUACGCCGCAAUGUCUCGGUCAUAUCAGAUUCAUGACAAACUCUGGACUCACCUCCGCCGUCAGGUGGAACGCCUUCUCUGGGGCCAAGAACAAUUCGGAGGUGGGUUCUGCGGAGGCGGCAACAAUGCAAAAAUACACGAGUCUAACACAGGGCAAAUUACCUGGCAAGGUAGCCUGCGCACUUUGGGCACCAUCGAAGCUCUUCUGUUGCUUACCGACUGGCAACCACGUGCGCUGCAUUUUCCUCCCGGAGACGAAGAAAAUGGCCUUCUCGAUCACAGCCUUAUUAUAAAUAACGAAGCGAAUGCCCAGAGGUCUGUACAGCAAGAUGAGCAGAGAGGCACGAGGGACUAUGACAAUCUUCCUUAUGCGAGCUGGCUCGAACCUGCGUGGCGAUCUGACCGUAUGUCAUGGAUGCUUCUUGGUCUUGCUCAAAGUCUUGCAUUUGAACUGGGUGUUUUCGAUACGAACCACUUCUACUGCCGCCACCAGCAUGGACCCGAGUCGGAUUGUGCACGGAAGAGACGCAUUCGACGUCUGGUGCUUGUUUACGUUGCACAGACUAGCGGCAGAAUGGGCGUUCAGUCUUCUCUCAACGUCAACGAAUGGGAAACCGACGCAGUCUGGGACAAAAUCAGCCCGAAGCAAGACCAUCCAAUUGACAUCAUGCAAGGCUGCUGGGUGCAUGUGGCCAAGAUCAUGAACCAAGCAAAUCGGCAAAUCUUUUCGUCCCAUCAAUUCACAAGAGAAUUGACAACAACCGGAAGGUACAAGGAGGCCAUUGCUAACCUCGCCCCUCUACUUCAGCGUUGGAAAACCGAGUUUGAGAAGGUGAAACAUCAUAUUCACCCAGUCAUGCAAUGCAUCUUACUCAUGGAAUACGAAUAUGCUCGCCUGUACAUCAACUCACUCGGCCUCCAAAAGGUCGUGGAGUCAUGGGUAGAAGGCGGGGCAACUAUGCGGAAAGCUACCUUGCUCAGGAUUUCAGAAGAGAACAAGCCUUACAUUGACGAAGUCACUGAGGCUGCCCUCAAUAUUCUUAGCCUUGUCAUUGACGGCAUCGCCGCAAAAGGCUUCCUGAGAAACGCGCCUGUCCGCACAUACCUGCGCAGCUUGUCGGGCAUGAUGUUUACUCUGAAGCGAUUCAGCUUGGGCACCCAUGAAGGACUGGUGCGAAAGUGUCUCCAGCAGCUGGACCAAAUCACAGAGCUUUUGUCCAAAGAAGUUGUCGACGACGUGCACCUAGCCUCUUCAACGUCUCGACUCGUGCAAAACAUAGUUCGCAACGUGAAGCAAACAAUGAUUCGAGUCCAACACCCUGGCACCGGAUCUGCAGGUCCGAGCCGCGAACAGUCUCGUCCACAGUCUCCACAUCCCCACGGACCUGACGGCGCAAAUGAUCACUCGCAACAGCAGCAGCAGCAGCAGCAGCAACAACAGCAACAACAACAGCCUCAAGCCAACAAUUCAAUCCAACCAAAGCUCGAGUUCUACGUGAACGAUCCUCUCGCGGGAAUUCAAGCCAGACCAAUGGCGGACUUGGAUUCGCAGACAUUUGUGCCCCCUCCCAAUUUCGGCGGAGACCAUGACAUUGACUUUCCCUUACCGGAUGAUGUCAAUAUGGGCUCGACGAUGGCCGACCUUCCGGGCGGCGACUGGCUCGCACUACCACUUGACAACCUCUGGGGCAGUGACGAAGCCAUUGUCGACCAAGGAUUUGGUGGCAUUGGUCCGACGUUGGGUGGUCGAGACUUGCUUGAAGCAAUCACCAAUCGAAAUUACAGCCAGAUGCAGUGGGGCAGCCAUACGUUUGGGUAUGGAAAUAUGUGA